GUAUCCAUUUAGAGAAAACAUCCACACUCUACUCAAACAACAUUUUUACACAUGAAUCAGGUAUAAAUACACACAAAAAGAAGGCACAAAAAUCUUCAACAAAAAAAAAAAAAACAAAAAAAGAAAGUAAAAAACAAAAAAAAAUGGCUAUGGCAUCAACUGUAAAAGUUGUUCUAGGCUCAAUAGCCUUCGGGAUAUUCUGGAUAAUGGCGGUUUUCCCGUCGGUCCCGUGCCUUCCGAUUGGCCGAACCGCCGGCUCUCUCCUCGGCGCCAUGCUCAUGGUGGUCUUCAAAGUCCUGUCUCCCGACCAAGCCUACGACGCCAUAGAUCUCCCGAUCCUCGGCCUCCUCUUCGGAACUAUGGUCGUCAGCGUCUACCUAGAGCGAGCCGACAUGUUCAAAUAUCUCGGAAAAGUGCUCUCAUGGAAGAGCAGAGGAGCCAAAGACUUGCUCUGCAGAAUCUGCUUCAUCUCCGCCGUCUCCAGCGCUCUCUUCACGAACGACACCUCCUGUGUCGUUUUGACGGAGUUCGUCCUCAAAGUCGCCAGACAACACAACCUCCCUCCCCACCCGUUCCUCCUCGCGCUCGCCACGAGCUCGAACAUCGGGUCCGCCGCCACGCCGAUCGGGAAUCCCCAGAACCUCGUCAUCGCCGUGCAGAGCAAGAUCUCUUUCGGGCGCUUUUUGGUCGGGGUUCUGCCGGCCAUGCUUGUGGGCGUGUGCGUCAAUGCCGUGCUUCUUCUUUGCAUGUAUUGGCGGCUCUUUUCGAUCAAGAAAGUCGAGGAGGAUCCCGCUUUGGAGGUCGCCGCCGUCGAGGCCGCUCCGGCCCCUCUUUCCCACUUGUCCUCAAUGGGGUCCCAAGAUUGGAGCUCCAAGCUUGAAAAUCUCAACUUUCAAAACUCACCAAGUGUUAAUACGACAACGAAUGUUGAGAGGCUCAGAAACAGGUUGAGUUCGAGCGAGACGGAAAUCCACAGAGUUCCUAGCGACGCCAUGGAAGGUAGUAUUGGAAGGAGUUCAAAUGAUGGGCAAAAAGACGUGGCGAUUGAUGUUGGAGGGUCACAGAAAAGAAAUGAUCAAGAGAGUAUUAAUAGUAAUAAUAACAGUAAUAAUGCCGUUAUUAGUGUUCAUAAUUCGAAAAGGAUUGCUUCAGCAAAUGGGCUGUCUGAUACGUGUUCUUUGAGGUCGGCAGAUCAGGCCCUGAGGCCGAUUACGAGUAUUUGUUAUCCCAAGAAAUGGAAAAGAGUGGUUUGGAAAGCCUGCGUUUACCUUGUGACUGUGGGAAUGUUGGUGGCUUUGCUUUUGGGGCUCGACAUGUCGUGGACUGCUAUUACUGCUGCUCUUGCUCUUGUCGUUCUUGAUUUCCAGGAUGCUGAGCAAUGCCUUGAAAAGGUUUCGUAUUCGCUUUUGAUUUUCUUCUGCGGGAUGUUUAUCACGGUUGAUGGGUUUAACAAGACGGGAAUACCAAGCACUCUAUGGGACUUAAUAGAGCCUCAUGCAAAAAUUGAUCGCGCCAGUGGGAUUGCAAUUCUUGCUCUAGUCAUUCUUGGCCUAUCAAAUUUGGCUUCAAAUGUACCAACUGUUCUGUUGCUUGGAGGGAGAGUGGCAGCUUCAGCAGCAAAUAUUUCAGCAGCUGAGGAGAAGAAGGCAUGGCUGAUAUUGGCUUGGGUCAGCACAGUGGCAGGGAACCUCUCACUGUUGGGAUCAGCAGCCAAUUUAAUUGUCUGCGAACAAGCUCGCAGAGCCCCACAACUUGGCUACAAUUUGUCGUUUUGGAGACAUCUCAAAUUUGGAAUUCCGUCCACUUUAAUUGUCACCGCUAUUGGUUUGACGCUCAUAAGAUAA